GUCAGCUCGCAUCGAUAUCCUAGCUACCUCAUCCUUCUAUCUAGUUUUCUUAUAUCUCAUAAGAUCGAAGAUUUAACAAAUGGAGAUGGCUGGUUGUGUCCAUCUCUCUAAUACUAUUUGCCGGCCUUUUCUUCAUCAAAUGUGACGGCAAUGAUGACUACUCGGUUAACUCUCUGAUCUUGUUUACUUACUUACUACUGAGUAAUAUACUACUACUAUUAUAAUUAAUUUUAUUAAAUUACUACAGUUAUUAUUAACGCAGCUAUUAAAACUAUCAAACUGAUGAUUUUUUUGUUUAAGUUUGCUUGACGGGAAAACCUGCAUCGUACUACUUUGACAAUGGAUUCAGCAGUGAAAUGGGUAAUUGGUUGGUGCAUCUUCACGUUAGUAUAAUUACAGACAUUCAUAGUUUCAUAGAUGGCCACAAUAAAGAAAAAGUCAUGUACAUGUUCUAGUUAUAAGUGCAUUGAAUUAUUACUCCGCAAUAAAUAACCAUUGCUUUAUGAAUCAUUUAACUUAUUAACAUGGAAUAAGGUAGGAGCAUGGUGCACCAUUAACCGGGAAAAUUAUGGAAAAUUUUAUUCCGUAGGAAAAUUAUGGAAAAUCGUGUAUUUUAUUUGGGAAAAUUCUCGAAAUAGGGAAAAAAAAUUAAAAUUUUAAAAUAGGAUUGUUAAAUUUUUGUUAUCUAGAUAGGUAUAAUUAUUGUCAAGUUUGAAAAAUAUUGUCACGUUUAAAGUCUGGUAUUACCAAAACAUGAAAGUAAGAACUCCUAUUUGGAGAAUAAAAACAUGCAGUCCUAUUUUGUGAUUCCAUAACGUUUUAGUCUUAGUUUGAACAAUUUCUCUUUUUACUACUAUGAAACUUUGAACUCCUUACUUGCACUUUUAUAUUGUUUUGCUUCUUUGUACUUUGGAAAAGUAACUCUAAAUAAUACGUAGUACUUUGUAUUCCAUAUUCGUAAAUUAAAUCUACACAUCCUUGUUUUCGGCAUGCCAUGUGCUUUGAGCAUGAUCAUAAUGCAAUAACCGUAUGUUGUUCCAUAAAUUUCUUUAUUAGGGUUAAACACCGUUCUCAUGCAUAUCAUUCCUUUUGUUUGUUCCUUUCCUAUACAGUGAUAACAUAAUAAUUCAUAUACUAUUUAAUACGAAGUACAGAUUAAAUUCACGAACUGACUAAUUGUUUUAUUUUCCAAAAUAUUUUUGAGAUCUAGCUUCUUGAAGAGAUAAAUAAUUAUGUAUAAGUUUUUUCAUAUACUUCCAUGAGAUGUUUACAACAUAUAUAUAUAUAUAUAUAUAUAUAUAUAUAUAUAUAUAUAUAUAUAUAUAUAUAUAUAUAUAGGGGAUGAUUAAAAUAAAAAGUGGUCUUCCCGUGUAAAGUGCAAAGUUUUCACUUUUUCAUGAUUUGCUUGCACUUUUUCUUGCUGUCGUUGCACUUUUUCGCGGCAGCUCAAAAAAUGGGUUUAUUUACAAAAUUGCCACCGUCAUUUUGGCCGAAUUUGGCCAAAAUCAAAAUGGCCAAAAAGUGCAACACAAACAAGAAAAAAUGCAAGCGAAACAUGAAAAAGUGAAAAUUUUGCACUUUACACGGGAAGACCACUUUUCAUUUGAACUCUUCCCUAUAUAUAUAUAUAUAUAUAUAUAUAUAUAUAUAUAUAUAUAUAUAUAUAUAUAUACAAAUCUCGAAGGAAUAAAAUUUUACACUUUUACAAAUGAUAAAACUCGUGCAUACGUUAACAACAUGCAUUAUUAAUAUAUAAUAUUAAAAAUAAUAUUCGCUACCACUUAUAUGAUCGAUAUCUGUCACUUCCUACUGACCUACUCUAACGGUCUAGAAGCUCAUUAUAAUUUCAUAAAUUGUAAUGAUUCAUAAGUGAGGAUCCCAUAAAAUAUGAAUCAACAAUGAAAUACUAAGAAGCUAACAACAAAUUGAACAUAAGGAUAAGUACAGACAAUCCGUAGUUAAUUAAACACUGAAGACGAUGCUUUAUCAUCAGCUUUAUUGUCAUUUUGAACUAAGUUUGAGGAGCAAUGGUAGGGACAUGGGUAUUUGUCUACUACUUGAACACUUCUCUGAUCAAAAUACGAAUCUCCAAACAAUUUUGAAAUUGUCUGCAAUUAAAGAUCUAGAAUUAAUCACAUUAUUCAGUCCUUAAUUGGUAUAUUAUUAAACAAAAAAGUAUCCAUAAUCCAUGUAUGUAUUACGUAUAUACAUAUAUAAACAUUUUGAUUCAAAUUAAGUGUUUCUUAACAUAUGAACUAAUCCUUGCCUUUGAUUUGAUAAAAUGGAAGAAUCAAAACAACAUUAAAAUAGCGGUGAAAUUAUUGUACAGAGUAUAUAUAUAUAUAUAUAUAUAUAUAUAUAUAUAUAUAUAUAUAUAUGUAGUUCCUCAUUACUCCCAUCUACGACCAUGUCACUAUUCCAUGCAUCAUUUGCAGACAAUAUCAAAAUUGUUUGGAGAUUCGUAUUUUGAUCGGAGAAGUGUUCAAGUAGUAGACAAAUUCACAUGUCCCUACAAUUGCUCCUCAAACUUAGUUCAAAAUGACAAUAAAGCUGAUGAUAAAGCGUCAUCUUCAGUGUUCAACUACGGAUUGUCUGUACUUAUCCUUAUGUUCAAUUUGUUGUUGACUUCUUAGUAUUUCAAUUCAUUGUUGAUUCAUAUUUUAUGGGAUCCUCACUUAUAAAUCAUUACAAUUUAUGUAAUUAUAAAGAGCUUCUAGACCAUCAGAGUAGGAAGUGACAAAUAUCGAUCACAUAAGUGGUAACAAAUAUUAUUUUUAAUAUUAUAUAUUAAUAAUGCAUGUUGUAAAUGUAUGCACGAGUUUUAUCAUUUGUAAAAAUGUAAAUUUUAUUCCUUCGAGAUUUGUAUCUAUAUAUAUGCUGUAAACAUCUCAUGGAAGUAUAUGAAAAACCUUAUACAUAGUUAUUAAUCUCUUCAGGAAGCUAGAUCCCAACAAUAUUUUGAAAAAUAAAACAAUUAGUUAGUUCAUGAAUUUAAUGUGUACUUCGUAUUAAAUAGUAUAUGAAUUAAUAUGUUAUCACUGUAUAGGAAAGAAACAAACAAAAGGAAUGAUAUGCAUGAGAAUGGUGUUUAACCCUAAUAAAGAAAGUUAUGGAACAAUAUACGGUUAUUGCAUUAUGAUCAUGCUCAAAGCACAUGGUUUGCCGAAAACAAGGAUGGGUAGAUUUAAUUUACAAAUAUGGAAUACGAAGUACUACGUAUUAUUUAGAGUUAAUUUUCUAAAGUACAAAGAAGUAAAACAAUACAAAAGUGAAAAUAAGGAGUUCAAAGUUUCAUAGUAGUAAAAAGAGAAAUUGUCCAAACUAAGACUAAACCGUUAUGGAAUCACAAAAUAGGACUGCGUGUUUUUAUUCUCGAAAUAGUUCUUACUUUCAUGUUUUGGUAAUACCAGACUUUAAACAUGACAAUAUUUUUUGUCCUAUUUCGAGAAUUUUCCCAAAUAAAGUAUUUGAUUUUCCAUAUUUUCCCGGUCAUUGUUGCACCAUGCUCCACCCUUAUUCCAUGUAAAUAAUUCAAAUGAUUCAUAAAUAUAUGAUUAUUUAUUACGGAGUAAUAAUUAAAUGCACUUAUAACUAGAACAUGUACAUAACUAGAAUAUAUAUGAAACUAUGAAUGUGUGUGAUUAUACUAACCUGAAGAUACACCAGCCAAUUACCCAUUCCACUACUGAACCCAUUGUCAAAGUAGUACGAUGCAGGUCUUCCCAUCAAGCAAACUAAAAAAAAAAUCAUUAGUUUGAUAGUUUCAAUAGCUGCGUUAAUAAUAACUGUACGUAGUAAUUUAAUAAAAAUAAUUAUGAUAGUAGUAGUGUACUACUCACUAGUAGUAACUAGUAAGUAAACAAGAUCAGAGAGUUAACAGAGUAGUCAUCAUUGCCUGAAAAAAAAUUAAAUUAAUUAGGUGUUACGUUAGUGCCUUAGUGGCAUUCGAGAAGCUCGUAAUUUCUUGAAAGAAAUAAUAACAGUACAUAGGUAGAUGAUAAAAAUGAGAUCAAGAUCAGAUAGUUAAUAUUAUAAAAAAAUGAAGAGGGUGAUUAUUAAGAAACAUUUUUAGGUAGUUAAAUAUAGUGGGAGCUUUUAAUUAAGUUAAGUACCAUCACAUUUGCUAAGGAAAAGGCCGGCAAAUAGUAUUAGAGAGACGAACACAACAAUGAAUAUGAUUCUGUAAGGAUUAUUAAAUGAUGAAAUAAUAGCAAUUGAGAUUACUAUUUAGUAUUUAGUAACGUACGUAACACACCUAAUUAGAACAUCUAUCAAUUGAACAUUCCAACACAUGUCAUUAAUUUAGAAAGACCAGCAAGUAGAUAAAAUCCAUUCUUCAAAUAGCCUUUGUCAACAAAGACAUCAUUUUUGGUCAUAACCAUUUUGUCACAACCAAAACAUCCGUACUUUGAUCCCAACUUUGUUUUUUCAAGAGAGAAAGGAAACUAUGUUAGUCCGAAUCUCUACCACAAACACGUCAUUUAGUGAUAAAGUUCACCCGAUGUGAGUACCACAUUUUUCCAUUUGGAUGCCACUAUACCGCAGGAGAACGUUUGUUGGAAGAAAUUGCUGGCUGGGAGAAGGAACAGAAAACCGGCAGCAAAUCCACGGCAACCACAAAGAGAGUCACGAAGCAAAUCGCACAGGACUGCUAUUAUCAGGGAAAACGAGGCUCUCGUCAUGCUCUGAUGUUCUUCAAUGUUCAAAACCAGAACCAACUGAUGAAUGCUGGAAGCUCAUGGUUCAAUAUAUUCAAGAUGAUGGAAAUGAAGGGCGUGUUUUUCCGCCUAAAGAUCCUUUUCCUAGUUGUUGUCCCGAGGUUAGAAACUUGGGAGAAGAAUGUUUUUGGUAUUGGGUUGAUCACGAGAAUGGUAAAAUAGGAUAUGGACGUUAUGAUGUUGAAGUAAUCUUCUUCCAGACUAGUAAUGCAUGGACUUUAUGUCACCAAAUGCUUUAAUUGAAAACCCUUUAAU